AUGGAAUCUCAUAACUCUAAUGAAGAUGGAUUUAAGUCUUCUGCUGGGAAACGGAAAUUUCAUAUUGAUUUGAACAAGUUUCCAGAUAUUGAAGAUUCUUUUGAAGUGGAAAGUGAGACUAUUGAACAUUCACUUGAUUCUACUACAACUGUUGAAGAGAUUGUUGAGGAAUCUGAUAUCGAGGGUGAGGAUGAAGGUAGACAACCAAUCAUUAGAAGGAAGAUGCAAAUAUGGAAUGAGAAAGAUGCAAAAGAAAUUACAGAGGUAAAUUCUAGAGAUGGUUCUCACUCAACUUCUGGUUCCUUGGACAUGAUUGAUAAUCUUCAUGAACUUAACAAAGAUGCAGAGGAAGAACUUAACAAAGAUGCAGAGGAAGAAGAACCUUUCAGCCUUGAACGUGAAGCUGUGAAGGAUGAGGUUAUGAAUGUUCUGCGAAUUUAUUUUCAUCGAGUUUAG